CCUGAAACUUAAAUUGGAAUAUAUUAAUUUUCUUUUUUUUUUAUCAUCAUUUUUCUUUGCGUCCAGGAGAAAUACUGUGAUCUAGUGUGGAUCUUUUAUUUUUGUAUUUCCUUGUACUUAAUUGGUACCUGUUCGAAUUUGUAGAUGAAUAUCGAAAAUUUAUUAGCUUUAAAGAAGGAAUGGGAUCUUUUAACAAAGGAAUAUGGAGAUUUAGAAGUUCAUGAAAAGCAAUACGAAAAGGCUGUUGAAGAUUUGGGUAAAUGCCAAAAUGCAUGCAGCAAAUCACUUGCUCACCAAUGGUAUCGUUUAAAACAGAUUUCUGAAGAAAUUAAAAAGUGUGGAGCAACUUCAAAAGAAGAAAUUGAUUUGAUUGAAUCUCUAAAACAAGAAAUUGAGCUUCGUAAAGUUCAGCUUGAUGACAUUCAAUCAAAUUUGCCUAGAAGCAAUGGGUUAUACUUAAGAAUUAUCCUUGGGGGAGUGAAUGUUACGAUUGUAAAUAAAGAAGACAGCAAAAAAUAUAAAGAAGAGUAUGAACGAUUUAAAGUAACUGUGACAAUAAUUAUCUUGAUUUUAUCAGCUCAAAGUAUUUUGUUUUCUUACAGGUAUGUUAUAGCAAUUUUUUAUUUCUUAAACAUAUCAAACUAUGUCAUGUCAAGCAUGCUAAACUAUGAUAUUUUAUAUUUUAGAGCUCUGGAUGCCAUUUUACAUUUCUUGUUGGUCUGGUACUAUUGCACAUUAACGAUUAGAGAAAGUAUAUUGGUAGUAAAUGGUUCCAGAAUAAAAGGCUGGUGGCGUGUUAACCAUUUUAUUACCUGUAUUCAAGCUGGUGUUAUUAUUGUAUGGCCUGAUGGUGUUAUGUAUGAUCAAUUUCGCAAACAGUUUACUCUAUACACUUGUUACACAAGUAUUCUUCAAUUUCUACAGUUCAAUUACCAGCAAGGCUGCUUGUACAGACUGAGAGCACUUGGGGAACGUCAUAAAAUGGACAUUACCAUUGAAGGAUUUCAUUCCUGGAUGUGGCGUGGGCUUACUUUCCUUCUACCAUUCCUAUACUUUGGCUAUAUUUUCCAGUUGUAUAACGCUUAUACUUUAUUCAAUUUAAGUAAAGAUGAACAGUGUGUGGAGUGGCAAGUUUUUGUUUCAGCAGUUAUAUUCUUUAUGCUAUUUGUUGGCAAUACACUAACUACCUCCAGAGUUCUUCACCAGAAGUUAACAGAAAAAAUAAUCAACUCUUUAAAUACUGUUGGAGAAAAAGAAACUACUAAAAAAUCGAACUGAUUUAUAAAUGGAAUGAACAUUCCAUGGCAAAAACAUAUCUUUUAUCUAUAGUGAUAUGUAAAUAACAAUUUUUGUUUUAGAUCUGAUGUAUUUUUAAAUUAUUGUCUUAUGUAAAUGUAAUGGAUUUAGCGCAUAAAAAUAAGGUUGUAUACCACCAAUGCAUUUAUUUUUAUAUAAUUUUAUUCUUGCAAAAUAUUUAUAUUCUAAAAAACGAGCUGAAACUGGUGUUUUGCAAUUGUAAAUUUGUACAAAAAAAAAAUUUUUUCUCAUUCAAAAAGAAAUAAAGUUGAUAAAAAAUAAAAAUAUGAGCUGCAACUGGUGUUUUGCAAAGGUAAAUUUGUACAAAUGAAAAAAAAUUCACGUUCUAAAAGAAAUAAAGUUGAUAAAAAAUCAUUUUGGAAUUGUUGAAUUAUAAUUUAUCUUAAAUUAUAAAUAUGCUAUAGAAAUUUUUCUUUUAUAUAUUUAAAAACAGAAUAGCAUUAUUUGUAAGUGCCAUCUUUACUCAUUAUUGAAAAAUCUAAAUUUAUUGAAAUUGUGUUGCGUAUAGUUGUGAUUCCAUGCAUUAAAUAUUGUUUCAAAAUAUAAAUAUUCGUUUUAAAUGGUUAUUUUAUCCUAUUUAAAAAGAGUGAGCAUUAUUUUUAAAUACUGUAUCAAUAAAUAAAAAUCUACAUUUAAUGUAGUUGUAUAUAUUAUUUUUUUAACUGACCAUUGAAAUAUUUAAUAAAUUGUACUUAAAAGUAAUAUUCAUUUUAUAUAUUUAAAAAGAAUAAAUAUUUUGCAAUUGGAAAAGACAAUGCUUAAUGGACUCUUUGUUUUCUGUUCUAAAUCUUUUACACUACAAAUUAUUCUGAAACUCAUGGACACUCUUUAAAUGCAGAAAAGGAGUAUUUUUGUAAAUGAAUUAAAUCUUAAAUAAAUGCCUGAUUAAAAGCUUCA